GUUUCAACGGGCUUGCCACUGGAUCUGACUCGGGAAAUCCAGUGACCCAUGGGCAGCUUUGGAAGCGCGAAGGCUUCUUGAAGCUUACGCCCGCAUGGACGAGGGCGGGGCCGAAGCGGAGCCAGGAGGAAACAAGGACUAUGCGGCGAUGAAGGUCCCGGAGCUGAAGGAGGAGCUGAGGAAGCGGAACCUGCCGGUGUCCGGGCGCAAGGCGGAGCUGCUGCAUCGCCUGGAGGCCAUUUCCCAGGCAAUGACAGGAGAGGUGGACGUGGUGGAAGUGGCGGAAGAGGGGGAAGCGCAGAAGCCGGCAGUUGAGGAAGCUGAAGAAGAGUUAGAACCACAGCGAGCGCCUGAGGCGCUGGCGGAAGAGAUGAAGGUGGAAGCCGAGCAACCGGCUGCCGAGGCGGUGGUGGCGGAAGGGGAGGCGGAGGUGGAAGCCGAGCAACCGGCUGCCGAGGCGGUGGUGGCGGAAGGGGAGGAGGAGGUGGAAGCCGAGCAACCGGCUGCCGAGGCGCUGGCGGAAGAGAUGAAGGUGGAAGCCGAGCAACCGGCUGCCGAGGCGCUGGCGGAAGAGAUGAAGGUGGAAGCCGAGCAACCGGCUGCCGAGGCGCUGGCGGAAGAGAUGAAGGUGGAAGCCGAGCAACCGGCUGCCGAGGCGCUGGCGGAAGAGGUGAAGGUGGAAGCCGAGCAACCGGCUGCCGAGGCCGCGGCGGAAGAGGUGAAGGUGGAAGCCGAUCAACCGGCUGGCGAGGCGCUGGUGGCGGAAGGGGAGGCGGAGGUGGAAGCCGAGCAACCGGCUGCCGAGGCGGUGGUGGCGGAAGGGGAGGCGGAGGUGGAAGCCGAGCAACCGGCUGCUGAGGCGGUGGUGGCGGAAGUGGAAGCCGAGCAACCGGCUGCUGAGGCGCUGGUGGCGGAAGGGGAGGCGGAGGUGGAAGCCGAGCAACCGGCUGCUGAGGCGCUGGUGGCGGAGGUGGAGGCUGAGGUGGAAGCCGAGCAACCGGCUGCUGAGGCGGUGGUGGCGGAAGGGGAGGCGGAGGUGGAAGCCGAGCAACCGGCUGCUGAGGAAGCGGCGCUGCCAGAGCCGCGGCUCCCAGCAGAGGCAGCCAAAGCGGAAGAGCCUUCGAACGAGACCGACGAAUGCGCUGCGGAGGCAGCCAAAGCGGAAGAGCCUUCGAAAGAGACCGACGAAUACGCUGCUGAGGCAGCCAAAGCGGAAGAGCCUUCGAAAGAGACCGACGAAUGCGCUGCGGAGGCAGCCAAAGCGGAAGAGCCUUCGAAAGAGACCGACGAAUGCGCUGCGGAGGCAGCCAAAGCGGAAGAGCCUUCGAAAGAGACCGACGAAUGCGCUGCGGAGGCAGCCAAAGCGGAAGAGCCUUCAAAAGAGACAGACGAAUACGCUGCUGAGGCAGCCAAAGCGGAAGAGCCUUCGAAAGAGACCGACGAAUGCGCUGCGGAGGCAGCCAAAGCGGAAGAGCCGUCGAAAGAGACCGACGAAUGCGCUGCGGAGGCAGCCAAAGCGGAAGAGCCUUCGAAAGAGACCGACGAAUGCGCUGCUGAGGCAGCCAAAGAGGAAGAGCCUUCGAAGGAGACCGACGACUGCGCUGCUGAGGCCCCGAAGCCGGCGCUGGCGGCGGGGCUGAGGGUGCGGCUGCGGGGAAUGGAGGAGGCCUGGCUCGACGGCUUGGCUGGGAAGCUGCAGGGCCUGGAGGGCCGCUGGCAGGUGGACCUGGGUCAGGAGGUGGGGGUGCACGACGUGGUGCCGGAGAACCUCGUGCUGGAGGAAGAGGAGCCUGCGGAUCCCUGGGGCACUUUACUUGGAGGCGCCAAAGUGUCGGAGGAGAUGGCGGAGAUCGACGCCAUCGCCGCGCAGAUCGAGGCCAACAACUCGGACUCCGAGGCCGAGGUCCGCGGCGUGAAGCGCCCCGCGGAGGCCGACGAGCCCAAGGAGCAAAAGAGAAAGCAGGAGCUUCUCCAGGAGCAAAAGAGAAAGAUUCCGUUUCUCCAGGAGCAAAAGAGAAAGAUUAUUGUGCAACGAAAUGACACGCCGCUCCCGCCUGGGCUUGUUGCUCUCCCCACGAAGAAGAAGAAGAACAAGAAAUCGAAGAAGGGGAAGGGUCAGCCAAAGCAGGAAGAGAAGGAGAACGCAGAGCUGGACUUUGACAAGAUGAGUGUGAAGGCAAAAAAGAAGAAGAAUCCGCAAACAAGUCAGAAGGCGAAAGAACAGGAGGCCAGACGGAAGCAGAGAGAGAAGAAAGAGCGGAAAGCGGCAGCGCGGAAAGAGCGGGAGGACAGGCACAAGCAAUGGAUCAAGCGGGAGAAGGCAAGAAGAAAACGUGAAAGGAAGAAACAGAGGAAGCAGGGGAUGAUUGCCCCGGACUUUUCAAGGAUGAGCAUCCAGGAGCUGAAGUCCUUUCUGGCGGACCGGGCAGUGCGGAUCCCCGCGUUCACGGAGAAGCCGGAGCUGCUGGCGCUCGCCAAGAGCUCCAAGGACCUGCCCUUGUCGAAGGCCCCGGAGCCCCCAGGGCCCAGAGGCCCGAAGCCGGCCGAGGAGCCGGCCAAAAAGGCGCGAGAGGAAGGCCCGGCUCCGGGUGCGUGGACGCCGCAGUACGGCUGGGCCUGGAGCGCCCCAGGCCAGCGCCCGAUGUCCUCACCUCCCAUGGCUUCCGCCCCCAUGGCGGCUCCCAUGGCGCCCAUGGUGCCGCCCUUCCCGAGCUACUGGUGGCCGCGCUUUCCUCUGCCCCAGACGCCUUUGUCGCGGACCCCGCUGUGGCCCCCGAAGACCCGGGAGGAAGCUUUGAUCUUCCAGAACCGGCGGAUCAAUUCGCUGAGGAUCGAGCCCGGGGUGCAGCGGUAUUUGAAGAAGUUCUGCAAGACUCAUGGCCUUUGCCAGGAGGCUGAAACUGGCCUCCAGAUGCUGCAGAAGCUGGAAUCCUUCAUGCACGAGCGCCAAGUGGUGCAAGCGCUGGAGCAAGCGGACAACGUGCACCAGGCGCUGUUGGCGCAGUUGCAGAGGAAGGACGAGCCGGUGGCCGUGGUCCUGAGGCUGCUGCUGCCAGCGACCAGCCAGCGCCGGCGGCGCUCGCACUCGCGGCGGCACCGGCACCACAAGCGGCGGCGGCGGCGGCGGGCGUCGAGGUCGCGGGCGUCGCGGUCGCGGUCGCGGCGGCGGUCGCGGUCCCGGAGAGAGGCGACCCGGAGAGAGGCGCGGAGCCGGAGCCGGAGCCGGAGCUCGUCUUCGGCCUCCCCGCCGGGGGUCUGGGGCAGAGCCCAAGACCCCGAGGCCCCGGAGACGCGGCCGAAGAGCGCCCCGCAGCCGCCCAGCGCGGCGACCGGGGCGGCUCAGCCGCGAACGCCGCCCAAGGCGGCGCCGGCGGCGAGGGCGGAGGUGCCGGGCAGCUUCCCGGACGACGAGGAGGAGGUGAGGCGCUGGCUCAGCGAGCUGGACGGCGGCCGGGGCAGCCUCGCGGGUUACGGGCCGGUGAUCCUGCGCGAGUUCGGGUCCCUCAACGCGCUGCCUCUUUGCGUGCUGCCGGACAAGACCGGGAGCAACGUGAGCCGCAUCGACCCCUCGCUCUGGGACGCGCUGAACGUCAAGUCCCUGGGCCACCGGCUCUUGCUGGCGAAGGGGAUCCUGAACCUUUGAGAGACUCCAGGCCAGUGAGACCAGGAGCUCGGCAUAGAGGCCCCAUGCGGGGGGUGCCUCAAAACGGGC